AAGGUCAUUUACCUCGUGUGUGGACACGGACACAUGUGGAGACGACUUCACUCAAAAAAUACCUGAUAAAGUACAGUUUUGGGCACAUUCUAUUUGUGCUUUACGCUUCAACCACUUCUUAUUGUUGUUGUGACGCUGUCGUGGUUGUCAAAGGUUGGAAACGGGACUUGAGUCGGGAAAAAUUGACGGAGAGGUCACAGUGAACCAUAAUUUGCCAAGAUGUCGGCCGCAGCUUCGAGGUUGUUCAACACCAUCGGACGGAUCGGGUUUGGGAUCGCUGUAGUCGGCGGGGUGGUCAACACGGCACUGUACAACGUUGAUGCUGGUCAUCGGGCGGUCAUCUUUGACCGCUUCACCGGAGUGAAGGAGUCCGUAAGCGGAGAGGGGACACACUUCCUGAUCCCCUGGGUACAGAGACCCAUCAUCUUCGACUGCAGGGCCAGACCUCGUAAUAUUCCCGUCAUCACAGGAAGCAAAGAUCUCCAGAAUGUGAACAUCACCCUGCGAAUCCUGUUCCGGCCGGUGGCAGCCUCCCUGCCCAAGUUGUACAUGAGUCUGGGUACAGACUACGAUGAGAGAGUGCUGCCUUCCAUCACUAAUGAAGUUCUCAAGGCUGUAGUUGCACAGUUUGAUGCCAGUGAGUUGAUCACCCAGAGAGAGUUGGUGUCUCAGAAAGUAUCAGAAGAUUUGAUGGAGAGGGCAGCACAGUUCGGACUUAUCCUGGACGACAUCUCACUUACCCAUUUGACGUUUGGCCGAGAGUUCACCAUUGCUGUUGAGCAGAAGCAGGUUGCCCAACAGGAUGCUGAGAAGGCUAGAUUUGUAGUAGAAAAGGCUGAGCAACAGAAGCUCGCCGCCAUCAUCAUCGCAGAAGGCGACUCCAAAGCAGCGGAGCUUCUGGCGACAGAGUUUGCCAAGGCUGGCGACGGUCUGAUCGAACUGCGUCGGCUGGAGGCUGCGGAAGAUAUCGCCCUGCAGCUCUCCCGAUCACGCAACGUCGCGUACCUUCCUCCCGGACAGAACACCCUCCUGUCACUACCCACUAAUUAAGAUAUAUCUGAAAUGCAGGGAUUCCUGCAGUGACUUAUGUUGAAGAGGAGUGGUACCACUGACAGAAGCUUUAUACCCUGUCAGUCAUCUGCUUGACAAAUGUAGAAAAUAGCAAGAUAGUAUUACUGGUAGUUGAAUCCGUUUCUGCAUCUUUGUGACAUACAUGAAUAGUGUAGAAUAUGCGUAAUUGAUCAUUACAUCAUCAACAUGUCAGUAUCUUAAAUGAUGUACAGGGUUAUCACAAGUCCUUUGACAAUAUUCAACAUUGACAUUUUAAGGUUUGUAGGAACUUUGGGCUUUUUUUGUUUACGGAGUCAAACAAUGUCAGAUUUUGGGAAGUGAGAAAAAAGAUGUUAGGGUAAAAAGAUUGUACCAGAAUCAUUGAGAAACAGGAGUAAGAAAUGAGGAAAAGAGAAGGAUAGCAGAAAGCUCUUUGUUCCUUGCCAUUUAAAGUGACAAACAUGCACAUUAGAGUGGCCUGCAAGAAAUUGUAAAAUGUAUGCACGGCAACCAUUAUGAAAUAUGUAUCUUGUCACUGUCUCCUGUGAAUACUACAUUCUGUGUAAUGUAAUAAACAAAAGACCUUAAAAGUA